AUGACCCCUUUUGACUUCGCUGUAUUGACCGGUUUAGACGUCGGAGGCUGGUCCAUCCCCUACGAUGAGGAUAUGGGCGAGUGGGAGGCCGCCUGGAUGUAUCUGUUGGGUGCUCACCUACCUGUCGACAGGGUUUCAGGCAGAGUCCGAUACACUUGGUUCUCCUCCCAUUUCCGGCGGGCGGAGAUGGUGCCUGAGACUCCCGAGGAGACGGAGCAGUAUGCCCGUGGUUUCCUGAUGUUCCUCUUCGGGACCACCCUGUUCGCCGACAGAGGGAACACAGUUGUGCUAUAUUUGCUGAGCGCUCUAGUCGACCUGUCACAGGUCCAUCGUUAUGACUGGGGUGGCGCCGGUCUGGCUACCCUUUACUUUUAUAUGAGUGCGACCUCCCGCGGGCGGGGCGAUUUGCUUGGCGGCUACUGGAGAGCCUGGGAGCUAUGGGUUUAUGUAUACUUCCCAUCAUUAGCCCCAGAGCUGGAGGUGGUAGGGAUUCCCGUGACCCCAUAUUCAUUGAUAUUCGAGGGCCCGCACCGGCCGAGGCCUCGAGAGACCCUCCUUCGCCUGCGACAGUACUUCGACACUGUGCGACAUUCAGAGAUUACAUGGCAGCCCUGGGUGUCCCUGGGUGAUGGUCUCCGACUUCAGUAUACCGGAGCAUCGGACAUCUCCCAGUAUAGGGUCCUGCUCGAAGGGCCGGUUGGCAGGGCAUGGUUCCUGGGGGAGCGCUUUCUGCCCCAGGUAUGGGGGUAUCUUUCUCAGGAUAUUCCCGCAGUACCUCCAGCCAGUAUGCGGACGGCUCUCUUAUUCGGAGGUAGUCGGCGCCAUGCUGGGUAG